AUGGCGAAACGACAGCAAGGCAGGCGUGGGGACUGGCAACCUAAGGCUCGGAAGACAGUUUCCCUGCUGCUGUUCACCGUGGCUGUGGUGUCUUUCGGUGUUUACUGCGUUGGAAGUCUUGCUGGAGGCUCAAGGGCAGUGGAAAAAAAGACUUCAUGGCUGGUGGGUGAUGGUCUGGAAAUGCUGAGGGUGGAACAAGAGCUCGACAAGAUCCAGCAGCAGCUUCGUUUCCUGCAAUGGGGAGCAAAGGACAUCACCCUGCGUGCUCUCCACGAGGCCCUGAAGAGAAAUGAGCUUCCAGGCUUUACCGGCGAGGCUGUUCAAGAGAUGAUCAAUCAAGUCCUGGAGAAGCUGGAAGAAAGCCCAUUCCAGAUGCGUAAUUAUGCCAGCAAAACUUCAGGCGCCGCUAUCGUUCGUUCCAAGACUUCUCCCUCCUGGAUUGGAAGCGGGAAAGUCUUCUGGCACUCGUUGCUGGUGACACCAUAUAUGAGGCCUCCUGAGAUUAUUCUUGAGCCUGACAAUCAGCCAGGUAACUGCUGGCCCUUCCCAGGAAGCCAAGGGCACGUCUUCAUCAAGUUGCCCAGGGCCAUCUUUCCCACGGCAGUUACAUUAAACCAUGGAGUUCCAGCAACGGCCUACCAUGCAGACAGCACCUCCAGUGCUCCUAAGGACUUUGCUGUCUAUGGCCUGCAGGAAGAAGGUGACGAGGAAGGAACUUUGCUAGGAGAGUUCACCUUCACGCCAGGCCAGGAUCCCAGUCAGACCUUCCAGCUGCAGAACGAGCACUCCGGGUUCAUCAAUUACAUCAAGCUGCGAGUGCUGAGCAACUGGGGCCACCCGGACUAUACCUGUGUGUAUCAGUUCAGGCUCCACGGCAAUCCAGCCCCUGACGGUGAAGCUAAGGGAAAGCCACUUGGUUUACCUUUCAUGGAGGAGUCUCCAGAUCUGAGCCCGUGACAGGGGCACAAACCCAGGGGACGAAAGAGAGUGGCAACAAAAAUUACCCUACCUUCUAACAGCGCGGCACAUCCGGCCCCGGCUCUGUGACUAACAAGGCAAGGCAUGAUGCGGGCCGUGCGCUCCAGGAGAGGGGGAAGGGAGACAACACGUGUGUCUGACAACAAAAAAGAACAACCAACAACAAAAACAGAAUCAACGGCAACUGUCUGAGGAGGAGCUGAAUUUACUGAAUCCAACAAAAUCAAACAAAAUGAGACGGAAGUAUCCA